GGCCAUGGAAGGCGAGGCUGUUCCGCGCGCGCGCCGGGGCAGCCCUGCGCUCCUGCAGCGUCUGGCCACCUCUCGGGGCCUCCCUGGGCCUCCUCGGCUACAGCUGCUGCUACCGCCACUGCUGCUGCUGCUCCUCUGCGGCCCGGUCUGGGGUGAACUGCGCGCCCCGCCGGAAAAGAUUGCUAUUAUUGGAGCUGGAAUUGGUGGCACAUCAGCGUCCUACUACCUUCGGCAGAAAUUUGGGAAAGAUGUGAUGAUUGAUGUGUUUGAGAGAGGAAAGGUUGGAGGCCGCCUGGCAACUCUAAAGGUGGAGGGGCAUGAGUAUGAAUCUGGGGGUUCUAUCAUACAUCCCCUAAAUCUGCAUAUGAAGCGCUUUGUCAAGGAAUUGGAUCUCUCUACUCUUCAGGGUACUGGUGGCCUUCUGGGUAUUUAUAAUGGAGAGACGCUUGUGUUUGAAGAAAGCAACUGGUUCAUCAUUAACAUGCUUAAGCUUCUCUGGCACUAUGGAUUUCAGUUCCUCCGGAUGCAUAUGUGGGUAGAAGAUAUCUUAGACAAAUUUAUGAGGAUUUACCGCUAUCAAUCCCAUGACUACUGUUUUAGUAGUGUUGAAGGCUUGCUGCAUGCCCUGGGAGGGAACGAAUUCUCUGGAAUGCUCAACCGGACCAUUCUUGAGGCUCUGCAGAAAGCAGGAUUCUCAGAGAAAUUCCUCAAUGAAAUUAUUACUGCUGCCAUGAGGGUUAAUUAUGGCCAGAGCACAGGCGUCAAUAGUUUUGUAGGUGCAGUAUCCUUGGCAUGUGCAGAUUCUGGGCAGUGGGCUGUAGAAGGUGGAAAUAAACGUGUUUGUGAAGGGCUCCUUCAGUCUUCCAAAGCUCGGUUAAUCUCUGGCUCAGUUAUUCAGAUAGAGGAGAAAUCAAGGACCAAACAGAUAGGAGGACCCACGAAGAAUUAUGAAGUCACCUAUAAAACAGAUUCAGGAAUAAACAAAGACCUCUAUGACAUUGUCAUCGUGGCUGCUCCCCUUAACCGCAAAAUGUCCAAUAUCACUUUCCUAAACUUUGAUCCACCCAUCCCAGAAUUUCAUCAGUACUACCAGCACUUGGUGACUACUUUCGUUCACGGGCGACUGAAUGCAUCUUACUUUGGCUACAAGGCAACUGAGAGCAUGUACCUUACUGACAUCUUAACCACCAAUAACCCAGAUUUGUUUAUUAACAGCAUCGCAAUGGCGUCUCCUGUAAAAGAAGAGGCCAGGCUUCGAUCUAAACCAGUGACUGGUUUUGCUGUUUGGAAAAUCUUUUCCCAAGAAUUUCUUACCAAGGAGCAACUUAAUUUGCUAUUUGUAAAUCAUGAUUCUGUACAGGAAAAGGAGUGGUUUGCAUACCCUUACUAUGAGCCUCCAGAGAAGUGCCCUCCCAUCAUACUCCGUGAUCACAUGUACUAUCUCAAUAGCAUAGAGUGGGCAGCAAGUGCUAUGGAAAUGAGUGCCAUCUCAGCCCAUAAUGCAGCGCUCCUUGCCUACCACCGUUGGAAUGGGAACACAGAGAUGAUUGACCAAGAAGGACUGUAUGAGAAACUCAAAACAGAACUUUGAAGUGUCACCAUCACCCUUUUCUUCCUCCUUCCCAAACUCCCAAAUGAUCCUAAGAUGACAAAAAGGGUUGAGUCCCUGUGAGCCAGGGAUGUUGGUAUGGGAUUAGACAUAGUUGAUUUUGUCAUUAUCCUUACUUGAACAUAAGUUAUUGGUGGUGGGCUUGAAGGAGAUAGAGAUUCAGCCAAGGAUGAAUAAAUAAGCAUUGCCCUUAAUUCUGUCUUUAAAGCUACUAUGUAAAUCUUGAGGACGUUUUUCAGGCUAGACUGAAGUAAGGAGUAUGAUAUUCCAGUUGUAAUUAGUUAUCAAUUAAUUUGGAAUUUUCCCAACUUUGAAGUAGUCUCUGCUGGUUUUGUGGAAGUUGUUGUAAAGGAGUUAAGAGACAAAGAGUUUUAAGUC